AUGUCCAAAUACGUGACAAAAUACAUUCCCAGCGGGGCAACCCUCAAGGCGAGGGCAACCUCUGUCAAAGCAUGGGAGCUUCCCAAGCAAGAGUCUGCCCUCGCUCCUCCAGAAGUAUGGACAAACGCCGAUAUGGACCCUGUUCCGGAGAAAUAUCAAACUUGGACACUCUGGACAUGGAUGGCUUAUUGGGCUACUGAUACCAUUAACUUGGGUACCUGGGAGACCGCCUCGUCGGUUAUCGCUGUUGGCCUGAACUGGAGAGAUGCCAUUCCCAUCAUGGUUGUCGGCACUUCCUGCGUCGCUGUUCCUAUGGUUCUCAACGGUGCCAUUGGCGCCAAACUGCACGUUCCCUUCGCCGUCAUUGUGCGUUCCGGCUUCGGUUACUACUUCGGUUACUUCUGUAUUGUGUCUCGGGCUAUUUUGGCCAUGUUCUGGCUCGGUAUCCAAGGGGCCAACGGCGCCCAAUGCAUCACCAUCAUGCUCACUGCCAUUUGGCCAUCCUAUGCUCAUAUCAAAAACCAACUCUCGAGUGACGCCGGCAUCACAACUCAGGGCAUGGUCAGUUACUUCCUGUUCUGGAUCAUCCAACUUCCACUUCUGUUGAUCCCUCCUACCAAACUUCGGUAUCUCUUCAUCGUGAAGCUGUUCGCUGCCCCAAUUACUGCUCUCGCCACUCUCGGCUGGAUCGUCAACAAGGCUGGAGGCGGUGGCGCCAUCUUCAGUCUGCCAGAAACUGUCCAUGGCAGCACACGUGCGUGGCUGUGGUUAUCUUGCAUGUCGUCUGUCACAGGUUCAUGGGCCACGCUGGCGUGUAAUAUCCCUGAUUUCAGUCGUUAUGCGAAGUCUACCAAAGGCCAAUACAUCCAGCUUCCUUUCCUCCCUGCCAUCUUCACAGUUUGCGGUGUCAUGGGAAUCGUCACGACAUCGGCCGCCAAAGUCGUCUACGGCGAGUUCUACUGGAACCCGCUCGACAUCGUUGCGCACUGGUUGGACAACAAGGGAGGUCGUGCAGCCGCCUUCUUUGCAGCAUUGUCAUGGUACAUUGCGCAAGUCGGCACAAACAUCACUGCCAACAGCAUCUCAGCAGCCAACGACUUGACCGUGUUGUUCCCGAAAUAUAUCAACAUUUACCGAGGAUGCAUCAUCGCCGCCAUCGUCGGCGGUUGGGUCAUUGUUCCAUGGGAGAUUCUGAGCUCCGCCACCACCUUCCUGGCAUUUAUGGGUGGUUAUGCAGUCUUUUUGGCUCCUAUGGCCGGAAUCAUCGCCUCGGAUUACUGGCUUGUCAAGAAACAACACCUCGACGUCCCUGCUCUGUACGACCCGCAUGGCCGAUACAGGUAUAACAAGACCGGCAUCAAUUGGCGAGCCAUGCUUGCGUUCUUGCUUGCCGUCGGGCCCUGUCUUCCAGGUCUCGCAUACAGCAUCAACUCCAAUACCCAUAUCACUACCGGCGCCAAGCAUUUGUACAGUUUCGACUGGUUAUAUGGCUUCGUCGUCAGUAUCUUCAUUUACACGACCACAAGUUUUAUCUGGAAACCGAGAAACCAACUCGUCCAACAUACCGUAUAUGGUAUCCCUCAAGAUCCCACCGACGAGGAGGCCUACGAGGAAGCCUACGACGAGAAAGUUCUUCGGAAAGACAGCUUGGUCGGCAAUCCAAAGAGUUUCGCCAAUGUGGGCGGGGUUGACAGCGUGGCCAGCGCAUUCCAUUUGAGAAAGUCGUUUGAAGAGAUCGCCAGAGAGAGCGCCGAAGUUCGUCGAAGCAGAGCCAGCCAAGGUGGCCAAGGUCCCCAUGCUCCUGGGCAUGUACCCGAACAUCUGAAGGGCGUGGACGAGCAGGUUCUACAUGAGAAAAUGUAG